UAUCAAUUUGUAAAAACUUCAAAGUCCAAGGAACAGCCAUCAUGUCUUUAUCACAUGUGAUCAAUCAAUACCUCCAAAGCCAAACACCAAAAGACCAUUCCUGUUCUACUUCUUCUUUUGAAUUUUAUACAUAUACCACCAUGCCCAUCUUCCUCUUUUCUCCAACCUCUUCUCUUCUUCCAUUUUUCCUCCUUCUUCGUCUCCUUCCUCAGAGACCAAAGAAGAAGAAAGAAAAACCCAAGUAUAUAUACCGUUGUUUACAUACAUGGCUGCAGAUUCUUUCGAUGAUGAGUGUGAUUACCUCUUCAAGGCUGUUCUAAUUGGGGACUCUGCAGUUGGAAAAUCUAAUCUUCUGUCCAGAUUCUCCCGGGAUGAAUUCCGAUUAGAUUCCAAGCCCACCAUCGGAGUCGAAUUCGCUUACCGGAAUAUUAAGGUCGGAGACAAGCUCAUCAAGGCUCAGAUUUGGGACACUGCUGGCCAAGAACGGUUUAGAGCCAUCACAAGCUCAUAUUAUCGUGGAGCUCUUGGUGCCCUAUUAGUAUACGACAUAACACGACGUGCGACGUUUGAAAAUUUGAAAAAAUGGUUACGUGAGCUGAGAGAUUUUGGUAAACCUGACAUGGUGAUUGUUCUAGUUGGAAAUAAAUCGGAUUUAGGUCAUUCUCGAGAAGUUGAUGAGGAAGAAGGAAAAACCCUAGCAGAAACGGAAGGCUUAUGCUUCAUGGAAACAUCGGCUUUAGAGAAUUUGAAUGUGGAAGAGGCAUUUCUUCAUAUGAUUACUAAAAUCCAUGAAGUUACUAGUCAAAAAAACUUAGAAGCAAAGCUCAAUGAACCGGUCAAACCUCUUAUAAUUGGGAAAGAAAUAAUUCAUGUUGAUCAUGAAGUAUCUGCGACUAAACAAUCAAGUUGUUGCUCAAGAUGAAUGUAUUUUUAUUUCUCAUAAAAGCUUAACAGCUAAUUUUGGAUUCAAAUUUGACAAUAUCCAUGUGUCUUAUCUUUCUUUCAAA